AGCCUCCAUCUCCGCCGCCAACGACGACGACCGACCACGACGACCACGCUGGGACCAGGCUCCAGCCGGUUCCCCGAACACAAAGGAUUGCCACUCUCUGGCUCGCUCGUUCUGUCCAUUCCCAUUCUCGCUCUUUUGCCUUUCUACCAAUACUUGCGCCUCACCCUAUUGUCCCGUACGCCCGGGUAGUCUCGAGCCUGUAAACAUCUUAUAUGGCUGGACACACAAAUGCAGACGAUUACCCUCGAUCGGCAGGGGCAGUUCUGAAUCCCCACAGCUUCGCCGCCCGUGCCGCCGUCGUCGGUUCGCAUCCCACGUUCUCGCGAAGCAACACGGACCCGUCCGAGUCGCUCUCUCCACGCGACCGAUAUCGGGAUGGAGGCAUGACCAUUCGCGCCGUUACGCCGGAGCCAGAAGCCGAAUUCGAGCCGGAUCUGGACGACCCUACAGCGCUCGCCGCGCACACUACCACUCCUCCCAGGACUCCGUCGCGCUCUACUAUCCGUUCGUCGUCGAGAUGGGACUUGCUGGGCCGUUCGUCGCCAGAACCAACCGCCGCGCCCGCGCCGGCCUCCCCAGAAAAAUCAAGGAGCAUAAUGAAUAGGGCGUCGAUGACCGCGGCUGCGCAACUGGCGGAUCUCAACAUCAGCAGGGCAAAGAGCAGAUCACCUACGGAAAGGAUGUGGUAUAGUCGGGCGGGCGCAUCAUCGCCGGAGGAUACAAGAUUCGAUGUGGGUUCACCGAGCUAUGUAGCACGACAUCGAUACGGUCCAUCCCAGGGCGUACUGGAAACCGGAACACUACCGACUUCAGUAGGAUACCCGUCCACGCAGGCUGUGCAAUUACAGAAUUCGACGACGACGAGGCCCUCGACCGGAAAGAGUGGUCGCCAUCGAUUGCUAAGGCCGUCGGCGUCCAUAACCACGCUGCAGCAGCAAAAUGCAUAUCGCGGCAGCGUUUUCGGUGACCAACCACUCCCAACCUCCCCUGUCAAUGCCGACUUCGACACCCUCGUAAAAUUAAUGAAGAGAGUGCGCGGAAGAAUGGAUGGCUACGUGGAAUUCCGUCUGGGUGAGCAUAGGGUCUGGACCAAAGGAUACUGUCAGAUCGACAUUGACACUGGCGCUCUGCUGUACCAGCAGGAUGAGAAUAAUACUACUUCACCGCCACACGUAAUCGUGCCGGAUCUCAGGAGCUGCCAUGUAAAAUCCUCGGCGGAGGACGAGGGCAUGAUCGACCUCAGCACGCAUUCGUUGAAGAUUGAAAUGAAGCUCCGUCCGUUGAGCGUCCAGCAGUACGAUCAGUGGCUGGCAGCGCUCCUCUGUUGGUCGCCAAUACGUCCGGCCGGAGCACAGAACAAGCGGGUAAAGUCGCAGAUGCCCGUGUUGACCAAGGAGAAACGCCGGAGAAAUUCCGAUGCCACCGUUCAGAACAGAGGGGAUGCAACCAUCAUUAAGGUGGGAAAGAUGCUCCUAUGGAGGCCGGUAGUAGGACCUACCGCGCCGCCAACAGGAAGCCACAAGUCGUCAAGCAAGAUCAAGCCGCCGCAUGGCGUAGCAUGGCAGAGCAUCUCGUGCACGCUCCAGGAAAAUGGCGAAUUCCGGCUGCAUAGAGAUCUGGAUUCUCAGAUCCUGGCCGUCGUCCAGCUGAGCCAAUUGAGCCGGUGUGCCGUCCAACAGCUCGAUCCUAGCAUCUUGGAUCAGGACUUCUGCAUUGCCAUCUACCCCCAGUACACUCCCAACGCUAGCAAUCCGACGCAAUUGCGCCCCGUCUAUCUCGGUAUUGACACGCGGAUACUCUUCGAAGUGUGGUUCGUGCUCCUGCGAGCGUUCACCAUGCCCGAGCUGUACGGCCCACCGGCUCCAUCUGCGGGCUUGGGAACGAUCACGGCGGGGGCAGCGUCCGAAUCGAGGAGCGCGGGUGCCCUGGCCGAUUCUUAUCGAAUACAGCGCGGCCUCUAUCUGCGCAUCGUCGAGGCGAAGAUCAAUAUGAACCCGCAUAACGAACGGGAAUCGGGCGUGGAUUGCUACGCCGAGGUGGUGCUGGACGGAGAGGCCAGGGCCAAGACCAUGGUUCGCACAAAGACGCAUAAUCCCUUCUGGCGCGAGGACUACGAGUUCCCCGACCUGCCCACCGUGUUGACGGAUGUUGCUGUCGUGCUCAAGCAACGAGACCCGCGGUGGAGGACCAAAGCGAAUGGCAGCACGGUGGCUGGCUCGGGUGGGUUCGGAGGUGGGCUCGGCGGGGUUAGUUUACCGGGAAGUAACGACACCAUCAUAGGACGGGUGGAUGUUAGACUCGAUAGGCUCACUAAGAAUGAGUUUGAGCGGUGGCUUCCGCUGGUGAAUGCUAGGAGGGAUGGGACCGAUGAACACAUUGGAGAGAUGUAUCUGCGCGCCGAGACGGAGGAGCUGAUCGUGUUAAUGGGCUCGGAGUAUAAAGUGCUCUCAGAUUUACUCCACCAGUUCAGUUCCGGAAUCACGUUACAUAUCGCACGAGUGAUCACCGACUUGAGAAGAUUGGCCGAUACUCUCCUCCAGAUCUUCCAGGUCAGCAGCAAAGCGAGCGAAUGGCUGAUGGCCCUUGCCGAGGGCGAGAUCGACGGCCUUCACAAGGAGACACCCAUAAUAGAGGACAAGCCAACGUCGCAGCAUGAAUCAGAACCACUCGCGCGGCACAAGAGCGGUCUCGUGGAUGCGAACAUCUUGUUCCGCGGCAAUUCGUUGCUUACCAGAGCGCUAGACACACACAUGAAGCGGCUUGGGCGCGAGUAUCUCGAGGAGACAUUGGGAGAUCAUCUCCAGAAGAUUGCGGCGGAAGAUACCUACUGCGAGGUGGACCCGAUGCGGAUCGAUAGUCCAGAGCACAUCCAGAGGAAUUGGAAGCAGCUGCUCUCAAUCACUCGUACUAUCUGGCAGGCUAUCUUCACGAGCGCGUCACGGUGUCCCCUCGAACUUAGAAAGAUCCUGCGCCAUAUUCGGCUCUGCGUCGAAGACCGCUAUGGAGAUCUGUUAAGGACAGUCAGCUACAGCAGCGUUUGCGGGUUCUUGUUCCUGCGGUUUUUCGUGCCGGCUAUCUUGAACCCGAAGCUCUUUGGCCUCCUCAAAGACCACCCCGGAGUCCGAGCUCAGCGUACCUUAACAUUAAUUGCGAAGGCCCUCCAAGGCCUUGCGAACAUGACCACCUUCGGUAUCAAAGAGCCAUGGAUGUCGCCGAUGAACGAGUUCCUUGCCGAGCACAAAGACGAGCUGAAAGACUUCGUCGACUCCGUAACGACGAUCUCACCAGCGCUCGACCGCGCCGUCAAGACCGUGCCCCCAUCCUACGUCACUCCCAUCACGAUCCUCAACCGGCUCUCCGGCGCCUCAAAAGAAGGCUUCCCCAGCCUGCCGUACCUAAUCGACCAGCCACGGGCCUUCGCCGCGCUCGUCGCGAUGUGGCUGAAGCACUGCACACCCUCAUCCGCACUCGACAAGAACACGCGGGAAUUCGACUCAGUAUGCCGCAGCAUCCAGCACCGCAUCCACGAAUGCAUUGCGGGGGCGGAGGACGCCGAGCGCCCCGGCAGCUCCGCCAGCGCCGAGGCACACUGGGAGGAGGUCGCGGAAAAGGCCACUGGCGUCCCCGCCCGCGACGGCGUCUACACGCGUGGCGGCCGCGGCGGAGGCCUCCAGCGCGUUGCACCCUGCACCGUUGACGACGCUGUCGUCGGCUCCCUCGGAUACAGCGUCAAUGUCAGCGCGGGAUCGCCCGCCGCCUCCGCCUCCUCCGGCAGCGUGGGUAGGAGCUCGAGGAGUCUCGGCGGCAUACUAGGGUUUGGCGGGAGCAGGAGGAAGGAAAGAGGGAAGGUCGAGGUAGGCGAGGGGUAAUACUUCUUCUUUACUUGCCGGCCGGAAGGGCGGGGGCGUUAACGUUUUGGGUUGUUUGUUGCUUGUUUGUUGCUUGUAUCUAUCUAUCUACAGUAGG